AUGGGUGACACGGGGCUGGAGGCGGCAGGUGCCACCAGCGAGCGCAGCAAGAAGGCGCAGCUGGACAGGCUGGACAUCAACGUGCAGAUCGACGACUCGUACCUGGUGGAGGCCGGAGACCGGCAGAAGCGCUGGCAGUGCCGCAUGUGCGAGAAGUCCUACACGUCCAAGUACAACCUGGUGACCCACAUCCUGGGCCACAACGGCAUCAAGCCCCACUCCUGCCCACACUGCAACAAGCUCUUCAAGCAGCCCAGCCACCUGCAGACCCACCUGCUGACCCACCAGGGCAUGCGGCCCCACAAGUGCGAGGUGUGCAGCAAAGCCUUCACCCAGACCAGCCACCUGAAGCGGCACAUGCUGCUGCACAGCGACAUCAAACCCUACAGCUGCCAGUUCUGCGGCCGGGGCUUCGCCUACCCCAGCGAGCUGAAGGCCCACGAGGUGAAGCACGAGAGUGGCCACUGCCACAUCUGCGUGGAGGGCGGGCUGGACUUCUCCACCCUCGCCCAGCUGAAGCGGCACCUGGCCGCGCACCAGGGCCCCACGCUCUACCAGUGCCUGGAGUGCAGCAAGUCCUUUCACUACCGCAGCCAGCUGCAGAACCACAUGCUGAAGCACCAGAACGUCCGGCCCUUUGUCUGCACCGAGUGCGGGAUGGAGUUCAGCCAGAUCCACCACCUCAAGCAGCACUCGCUCACGCACAAGGGUGUGAAGGAGUUCAAGUGCGAGGUGUGCGGGCGGGAGUUCACGCUGCAGGCCAACAUGAAGCGGCACAUGCUGAUCCACACCAGCGUGCGGCCCUACCAGUGCCACAUCUGCUUCAAGACGUUCGUGCAGAAGCAGACGCUCAAGACACACAUGAUCGUGCACUCGCCGGUGAAGCCAUUCAAAUGCAAGGUCUGCGGGAAGUCCUUCAACCGCAUGUACAACCUGCUGGGCCACAUGCACCUGCACGCUGGCAGCAAGCCCUUCAAGUGUCCCUACUGCUCCAGCAAGUUCAACCUGAAGGGCAACCUGAGCCGGCACAUGAAGGUCAAGCACGGGGUGAUGGACAUCAGCCUGGACAGCCAAGAUUCCAUGAUGGAGCUGGCUGGGGCUGACCAUGCCGAGCUGGACGGGCAGCAGGAGAUGGACGACUUUGAGGAGGAGAACUCUUAUGGAUACGGGGGGGUGGACAACCCCUCGGACGAGCAUACUCUGACCCAGCAGGCCAUGAAGGAGAUGGCAUACUACAACAUGUUGUAGCUGAGGCUGGAGG